AUGCAUACUCUAUGCGCACAUCCUCUCUCCACUGUUCGACGCUCCACAAUGUCUCAAAACGAAUCGCAAAUAUUAAAUGCAUUUCUUGUGUCAUCGUCAGGAUUAAAAGACAUUGCAGGAUUAAGCACAUUUACGUCGCUUUUUCCAUCUUCUAAACGAUCUCAUCCAGAUAUUGAAACUUUAUACCGGCUGCUACAGACACAACGCAGUGCAAUUUGCCAAACAGUCAGGAAAAAUAUUGAGCUGGAAUGCAAGCUUGGACCUUGCAGGAACAUAAAAGGUCAGGGAAUGGGCUCAGAAAGCAAAAAAACAGAAUUUACAGAGUUUCAUAAUGAGCCAUGGCAAUUAGAAACAAAUAAAGCACUAGAGCUUUCAGAAAUGCUUAAGCAAAUGGAAGAGACAGUAGAAAAAAUGCAAGAAGAGAUGGAAAAACUUGGAAAGGGAUGUGAUGAUUUAUUACAAAACAUGAAAAUGAUAGUAAGCGAGAUGGAAGUUGGUCCAUAUGAAAAACAGUCUCUUGAUCAUGCAGAAGAAACAGUGAAUGGAUUAAGGGAAUUGAUUGAAACGUGUGAAGAAUUACUAAAAAAUUGCGAAAAUACGUAUCAGCAAGCACAAAGAACAGAAAACAAGUAA